UUACGCGUGUGCGCACGUCUCAGCCCUCCACCCGAGUUUACGCACAUACGCUUACGCACGCGUUAACACUUGUAUAGUUUUUGAUCGUUCUUUUCCUCGUGUCGUCUGUCAUGAUGUCGAUGAAUUUUGAAACAAAUAUAGAGAGAAGCGAAAACGAGACUUUGAUUGACAAUCUGUGCCAGAACUAGAUCGGGGGUUCGAUAGAAAACAAAACGUUGAAAUUAUUGCGGCGAGUGAGUGAUUUGUUUAUCAUGACGAUGUCUACCACGAGGAUAUGGCUGAGAAUCGAUCGAACGGCCGUGCCGGACUCACGCAAGAAGCGCAAAAGUCAACUCAUGUCGGAGUAAAAAGAGAAUAAAGCGAGGGAAAGCCAAAGCGGGCCCACAAAAGAGACUACCCUACCUGUCUGAGCUUCCACGGCAACAGCAGUAGCGGCAGCGGCAACCAGCUACGCUCAGAAAUGGCUCGCCAAUGGGAGAAGCUCUCGCCGGCCGAAUUCCAGCAGCUUCAGGAUUUGGCAGCCUAUUCGUCGAGGAAGCUGCAGGACGUGCUGCUGGAGUUCUGCGCCGCCACGACACCGGGCGAUGUUCCGAAAUACCAGCCCGAUGGGGAUAUCGAUUACGAGGGCUUCAGAAAGUUUCUCGACACUUAUCUGGACGUCAAAACGCCGGAUGAGCUGUCACGUCACCUGUUCCUCUCGUUCGUCAAGAAGGGCCCCCGCGGAGUCGACGGCAAAGCUUUCAAGCAGGAAAUGGCCGUGCUAUCGUCGACGACCGCUUGCGCAGCCAUCACUUCGCACACGACGUCGAGCAGCAACGUCAACAGCACCGGCCUGACCCAGGGCUCGGAGAGCCACGGAAGCUCGUUCGCCGACAAGAUUCACGGACUGACGGAGAAGCUGCAGGCGCUCGGCCAUCACAGAGCGGACAGCGAGGCCUCCGGCAGACCUCGAACCGGAAGUGUCCAUCCGAUGAUAUCAGUGACCCACACGUCCUACAGCUGCCACGACGUGCUCGAGAAGAAGAGCACCGACAGCAGCCCCAGCCACAGCCAGAUAUCGCGCAAUUCCUCGCGCAAGUCCAACUACUCGCUGCUCGUUAAUAAUGGAAAAUUGGACGAGAUGAGACAUCUGGUCAGGAAGCAGAGCACGAUAGACGUCCAUUCGGUCAAAGUCAGCUUGAAGGACAUCGUGUGCUAUCUGUCGUUGCUGGAAGCCGGCAGACCGGAGGAUAAGUUGGAAUUUAUGUUUCGACUUUACGACACCGACGGCAAUGGAGUCCUCGAUACGAACGAGAUGGACUGCAUCGUCAAUCAAAUGAUGAACGUCGCCGAGUACCUCGGCUGGGACGUUACGGAGCUCAAACCAAUUCUACAGGACAUGAUGAUCGAGAUCGACUACGACGCGGACGGCACCGUCUCGUUGGAGGAGUGGAAGCGAGGCGGCCUGACGACGAUACCGCUGCUGGUGCUGCUGGGCCUCGACUCGAACGUCAAGGAGGACGGCAAUCAUCUCUGGCGGCUGAAGCACUUCAGCAAGCCGGCCUACUGCAACCUCUGCCUUAAUAUGCUCGUCGGUCUCGGCAAAAAGGGUCUCUGCUGCGUUUUCUGCAAGUACACGGUGCACGAGCGAUGCGUGCAGCGGGCGCCGGCCUCGUGCAUCGCCACCUACGUCAAGAGCAAAAAGACGUCGCAGACGAUGGCUCAUCACUGGGUCGAGGGCAACUGUCACGGCAAGUGCUCCAAGUGCAGAAAGACCAUCAAGAGCUACAACGGCAUCACUGGCCUGCAUUGCCGAUGGUGCCAAUUGACGCUGCACAACAAGUGCGUGUCGCAAGUGCGAGCGGAAUGCAACCUGGGCGAUCACGCGGUGCACAUACUGCCGCCCACGGCCAUCUGUCCGGUCGUGCUGGACCGUCAGAGAUCGCUCUCGAGGGACAGCAAGCGAGGCAGCAAACACGGCCAGGACACGUCCUCGGUUAGCUCGGGCGGCUUCCUUUCGACGGGCCCGCCGACGACUCAGCAGCCGGCCAUGUCCUUUCAAAUAACUCCGACGCCCAACACGGUGCCGCUCCUCGUCUUCAUCAAUCCCAAGUCGGGUGGCCGCCAGGGCGAGCGCAUGCUGCGCAAAUUCCAGUACAUUCUCAAUCCGCGCCAGGUGCACAAUCUCGCCAUCGGCGGACCGAUGCAGGGCUUGCAGAUGUUCAAGGACGUCGACAACUUCAAAGUCAUAUGCUGCGGUGGCGACGGCACCGUCGGUUGGGUUCUCGAGACCAUGGAUCGCGUUCAGUUCGAGCAUCAACCGGCCGUGGCCGUGAUACCGCUCGGCACGGGCAACGACCUCGCCAGAUGCCUGCGCUGGGGCGGCGGCUACGAGGGCGAGUCCAUCUACAAGAUCCUCAAGAAAAUCGAGAAGGCCACGCCGGUGAUGAUGGACCGAUGGCAGAUCGAGCUGACCGACAACAACUCGAGCGAGGAGAGGCGGCCCAACGAGGACAGCAUACCCUACAACAUCAUCAACAAUUACUUCUCCGUCGGGGUGGACGCCGCCAUCUGCGUCAAGUUCCAUCUCGAGCGCGAAAAGAAUCCGGAAAAGUUCAACAGCCGCAUGAAGAACAAGCUCUGGUACUUCGAGUACGCGACCGGCGAGCAGUUCGCGGCCAGCUGCAAGAAUCUACACGAGGAUCUCGAAAUUAUCUGUGAUGGUGUUCCUUUGGACUUGGCGCAUGGCCCAGCUCUGCAAGGUGUAGCUCUCUUGAACAUUCCCUUCACUCACGGAGGCUCGAACCUCUGGGGUGAGCAUCACACGAGGCACAGGAUCGGCAAGCGGAAAAAACGCCCCGACAAGGAGCUCAGCACGAGCAGCUUCAAUUCCGUCGAUCUCACGGCAGCCAUUCAAGACAUCGGUGACAACCUCAUAGAAGUCAUUGGGCUGGAGAAUUGUCUGCACAUGGGCCAGGUGAAAACUGGUCUGAGAGCGUCCGGCAGAAGACUAGCCCAGUGCAGCAGUGUACAAAUUAAAACCUCCAAACGAUUUCCAAUGCAAAUCGACGGAGAACCCUGGGAACAAGGACCCUGCACCAUCAACAUCACGCACAAAAAUCAAGUGCCCAUGCUGAUGGCACCGCCGCCGGAAAAGCGCAAAGGCUUCUUUCGAUUUCUCAGGCGAUGAGCUGCUCGCCGUUGAAGCAACCGGGCACAACACACGCAUACACGACACGAACGGAACAAAGCGUUCUACGUGGUACAUCGCACCAACAACAAUACCUAUGACGUCUUCGAAGCUAUACGAAGCAAGAAAAAAAAAUUAUUCAAUACAAGGAUCAAAUACUUCCUGCCACAGAGACUAGUCGUACUAUGAUUAAGGACUUUAAUGAAACUCGAGCCAAACACGUUGCGUAUGUUACGUUAAGCAUAAAAUAAGUAUAAAAAUUCAUUGGUAAUUAAGAAUUGAAUUACAAUUAUAUAUUGUACGUAUUAUAUGUGUGGGUGUAGCAUGAGUCAAACGAACGUUUUAGCGAAUUACGACGAUGCGUUUUUCACUGAAUCAAUUGACAUUUGGGGAAAAGAAAUUUGAAUGAGAGUCUAUAUCUUCGUUGUAAAUUUUAUGUAAGUAGAGAGAUUAACCAAAAAAACUAUGUGAUUGAAAGUGGAAUCUGCGAUUCCACUGCGGGGGGGAGUAGAGAAACCAGAGAUGUAAUUGUUACAACUGAAGUAUUCGAUUUGUAGAGCUAUCAACUUGUAUAAAAUAAUGUUUUUGUGUACAGUAUUUUCGAUUUAUAUAAUUAUUUAACUCUGUGUGUAUCGUAUCGAGCACGCUAAGCCGAUCAAAGGAUAUUAAAUACAAUUAAUUAUUAGGUUUAGGACUCCUGUCGCGGGUGGGGAGUCAUAGAAGAAGAAAAAAACGCUUAUCUACUUUAUGUAUUAAGAAAUUAACUAUAAUGUAUGUAUGUUAUAAACUACAGUUAAAAAAGCGAAUUAUAAAUUAUAUACGUAUUACGUGAAACACAUUCGUUGAUUAGAUCAAUAGCCGCGAGUGUCAAGUAUUUCGUCGAUAAAAAGUCUAUUCAUUUUUCAAUGUUACAACAUAGAUAAAGAUUUAAAAAAUGUUUACAGAUUUUUAUUAGAAAAAAUGUGCUAAACGAAAUAUCGGCAGUUUUACAAGAUUAUAUCGCGAUUCGCUUCGAAUGUGACGAAAAAAAAGAAAACCCAUACGACCAUUAAAAUAUAAAUUCAUUAGAGUAUUAUGAGUGAUUACAUCACUUUGAUUGUAUUAAAAAGCAAAUAUUCAAUUCGUAAUUGUAUUAUGUAAUAGGAUUUUUUUCAAAACUACGCCAGCCAAACUAUUUUCUCAUAUCAAAUAUUACACAUUAGAAAUCAUUUGCUCUGGUAUGAUUAAUAUUUAACAAAAACAUGAUAACUUUCAAUGUAUAACUGACAUUUUUACAAGUGAUUGGCUUAUGCCGCGAACCAAUAUAUCCAACAAGUAGAGUAAAACGUGAUUAAAAUUUAAACAAUUUUAAAAAUCAAUGUAAAUGUAUCUUAUUCCGUUUUAUCGUGCAGAGGAUAUUUAAGCUUAUUCGCCUUUUGUAUAGGAAAGAUGAAACUCUAGUCUUUGUAAAAAUCUCUCUUUUUUUAAUAAAAUAUAGCUAUGUGCUCAGUUUA